UGGGGUGCUGCGGUCAGGAGGUUGCUGGAUGCGGACCUCCGAGGCCUGGGUUGCUCAUCCCGUGCCGAGCCGGCGCUCUUGGUGCAAGCCAUUUGCCAGUUUGCGUGGGUAGGAAGAGGACGUGAUCGUCCGGGCCUGGUAAUAGCUGUUUAUGUUAGCAUUCGUUCGGAGAAGCCACAUGUUUGCCGAGUUGUCAGAAAUCUGAAGCAAGUAAUAAGUGAUGAAUAAUUUGGAGAGGGGCUUGGAGAAUACAUAACAGGAAUGAAUUCUCUGAACCCUAUAAUGGCAUCUGAUUCAGCUGUGGAAAUUGAAAAUCACAGUGAUAAUUCUUCAUCUGGUAGCAGCUUAUUUAAAACUCAGUGUGUCCCUUCCUCACCUAAACCGAGGCAAAGAAACCCUAUCAGAAAAUUUGUUUAUUCACCUGAAAGUGUUCAAGCAAAGGAUUCCUCUAGUGACUCAUCUUUAGAACCAAGACCAUUGACUUUAAAAGCUAUUUUUGAAAGAUUCAAAAAAAAGAAACGUAAAAAGAGGAAAUACAAGCCAACAGGAAGACCAAGGGGAAGACCAAAAGGAAGAAAAAAUACUAGACGCUCCCAAAUAAAUAGGAAACAAGUUAGAGACAAAGGAUCUGGGUUCCCAUUUGUAGAAUCAGAGAAUGGAAGAAAACCACUACCUUGGAGGAAGAUUUUAACCUUUGAGCAAGCAGUGGCAAGAGGAUUUUUCAACUACCUUGAAAAGCUGAAGUAUGAAUACUACCUCAAGGAAUCCUUGAAACAAAUGAAUGUUGGUGAAGAUUUAGAAAAAGAAGAUUUUGACAGUCGUAGAUAUAAAUACUUGGAUGAUGAUGGAUCUCUCUCUCCUAUUGAGUCAGAAGCAGAGGAUGAUCUUGCAACAAAUCUUGAACAUGAUGACGAAUGUGAUAUCAAAUUGGUGGACCAUAAUUAUUUCAUAGUAAGUUCUGAAGUACCAAAGAAGAAGAAUGUGUAUUUAGAACAAGAGGAAUAUACUGAAGAAGCAGCUGUGUCUAAAAGGAGAACAUCAAGGUCCAAAAACAUUGGACAGAGGAUAGAAUGGCCUGAAAAGGAGAUAGGAAUAUGAAUGUUAAGGUAAACAGCACAGAGAAAAACAGCUUUUCGUAGAAGAUAAAGAUGAUAAAUGCAAAUAUAUAUGUCAGUGAUAAAAAUGAAUCUAAGAAAAUAAAAAGAACCUGAACAAAUUAGUGAAACUCUGAAUUAUCAGGAAAAGCAUUUUAAAGCUGUGGAAUAGUUUACAUGUAGAAGAGAAUUAAGGCUUGCAUAGCAAAAAUAAUCACCUGAUAAAUAAUAAACCAGGAUCCUACUGUUUUUGCCCAUACUUUGUUUCAGAGCAAGAGCUUAAAGGUGUCAUUUUGAGCAAAGAAGUAUGGAGAUUAUCUCCUGAAAACCUUUAUUAUAAAUGUAAUCACUAAUGAUUGACAUCUCAGGAUACCUGAAGCCGUUUUUAUCCCAGUUUUAUUCAAACAAAGACCUUUAGUGUCAAACGUGUUACUGUAAUAAGAACUUCCUAACUACCUAGACUGUGUCAACUACAAUUUUCUUCUCAUCACCACUGUAUAUUGCUGAUUAUGCCACUAAAUACACUGUAUUGAUUGCACUUGUGCUUGUUUUUGUUCAGUUUUGUGGACAAAGACUUAGACCUAAGUGCAGAAAAUAAAUCCUCUUUUGCAACCCAGAACUCAUGGCUCAAUAUGAGUUUUGAUACAUGUAAGAAGGAACAAGAUCCCUACAACCAACUAAAGUGAUGGUGGGGGGUUUGAUAAACUUGAAAGUUGGUUUCAGGACUGUAGAAUGACUAAAGCACAAGACAAAAGGGAAUUCUCAACUAUGGUGAAUUAGUAUUACAAUUUUAAUGUUGACAUAAAACAAAGAUGCCUUCUUGUUGUAGGCUUUUCAUUUGAGAGCACAAUGUCUGGACUUAAAGGGGUGAAUAUGAUUUGAACUCAUUUACGUUUAGAGGGUGUUUGAAAUUGAGAACCAGGGGUCCAUCUAGUCUGACCCUAAACAUGGCCCUAAAGUAAAAAAAAAAAACUGGAUCCCAAAGAUUGCAGGUGGGGAAUUCCUGAAGUAUGUCCAUAUUCAAGUGGAGAUUAAAGAAGCCCAAGGGAAAGAACUCUGGCAAGUUAGUUCUUUAUCUUAUCUUUAAUGGUAUAAUGGUCAUUACCAAGGCUUUGAGAAUGUAGUUUCUCAUUUGCUGUGGACAUGACCAUAAAAAAUUUUCCACUAGGUUUGCUUUCUUUAUGCUACUUUGCUAGCGUUCAGCCUAUUGGGAACAUUUACAACAGCUAUAUUUCAAAUUCUCAUCUGACCGUACAUAGUAUUUUGAAUGGUGCAUGCCUAGAUCUCUGUUGUUACUAGUAACUGGGCAACUUGUAAUAUUAUAAUAGAUCUAAUAGAGGGAGACUGGCUUUAUUUACAGGAUCAUCUCUGGAAAUGGAGUUUUACUUUUCUAUUCCUUUUCUACAGGAUGGUGACAACUGUGGAUUGAACAAAAGCUCCUUUUAAAAGGGCUAUUUUGAAGAAUGUGAUUCUGACUUGGAGGAACGACGGUGCUUGGGAGUGGAAGGAAUCCCAUGUUAAAAUUCUUAAAUAAAAAUUUAUUGACUUUAAAUAACUUCA